UUGGCUCCACUGUUAAAACGACUGGUGGACGAGCUGGCCUCUGAUGACGUGCUAGUAAGGUUAGCGGCAAUGGAUGCGUUAUCCGAUGCAGCUAUAACCUCACCGACUAGCGCUGCUGUCAUAAAUGAAUCAGGAGCGCCACAGAAGAUCUAUGAUCUGUUGCAGCACAGCAAAGAAGCGCCAGAUGGGGGUUUUAUCUAUCCAUCUUGUGUGAAAUUCUUCGGAACAAUUAGUCGAGUUUACCCGGAUGUUAUCAACAAUUUCCCGAUGUUUGUGCCAGCUGUGAUCGAUAUGGUUAGUCAUUUUGAUCAAGUCGAUGCAUCACAAAGGGUGCUUGCGUUCGACACUUUUGCACAAGUGGCUUACAAAGAGGAAGCUAAGCGAAAUUUGCAGAACUUGUUAGGUCACCAAGGGAUAACCCGAGCAAUGCAGGCUUUCGCUGCCUCCAUAUCAAGUGGUCCGGUAGAGCUACGAGUUCGACAUCUCGAUGCAUUGGCGACAUUGUUCGAGAAAGGUGAAGACCAGUUGUUGUCCCAAUGGUUUGGUUACCUGGGCUCACCGAUGCCCACAGUGCUGAUGAGCCUCGUACAGAAACCUUUUCCCGAUUUGAGAAUGGCAGCGCUACGCACAUUUUCUUCUAUUCUUUCGCAUCCGUUUGGAAUUCAAACCUUCCUUGGCACUACUGGUUUCAUUGACUGGCUUUUGGACCCGAAUACUGAACACGAGUGGGAAGCCGGUCGACUCAAGGCGGAUAUCAUCCGUGCUCUCAUAGCGAGCAACUCGCCUUUGAUUGACGCUCCACUGAAACUGAGAAUGCAGGCUUACUUUGUGGCUCCAAGAAAGGACCCUCAAGUUGAAAUGAUGCUGUAA